AUGUUUCUGAGGCGGCCUGUGAUGGAUAUUGAAUGUUGGAGCCCUGAUAAUCCUAUCAAGAAAGAAUCAUGGAGGACAGUAUUGACAUUGGCUUACCAGAGUUUGGGUGUGGUGUAUGGUGAUUUAAGCACUUCACCUUUGUUUGUUUUUAGGAGUACUUUUGCAGAGGACAUUCAACAUUCAGAGUCUAAUGAGGAGAUUUUUGGGGUUUUAUCGUUUGUAUUUUGGACAUUAACUCUUAUUCCAUUGCUCAAGUAUGUGUUUAUAGUGCUUAGAGCCGAUGAUAAUGGUGAAGGAGGGACUUUUGCUUUGUAUUCUCUGCUCUGCCGCCAUGCCCGGUUGAGUACUUUGCCCAAUGGGCAGCUAGCAGAUGAGGACUUGUAUGAGUAUAAAAGAGAUGGAAUUUCAUCGGCUAAUCGAGGUCUUGGAUUGGGAUUGAGCUUAAGAUCAACAUUGGAGAAGCAUAGAUUGUUGCAAAAAAUGUUGCUGGCUUUGGCCUUAAUUGGUACUUGUAUGGUAAUUGGGGAUGGAGUUCUUACACCUGCAAUUUCUGUAUUUUCUGCAGUUUCUGGGUUAGAGCUUGUAGUGUCAAAGCACCAUCACCAAUAUAUAGAAGUCCCCGUUGCUUGUAUCAUACUGGUGUUCUUAUUCUAUCUGCAACACUACGGGACUCACCGAAUAGGAUUUCUUUUUGCACCAGUUGUUAUAGCAUGGCUUUUUUGCAUCAGUGCCAUUGGAGUGUACAAUAUUUUCCACUGGAAUCCCCAUGUUUACCAAGCUCUCUCUCCGUAUUAUAUGUACAAAUUCUUGAAGAAGACACAGACAGGAGGUUGGAAGUCCUUGGGUGGGAUUUUGUUGUGUAUAACAGGUUCCGAGGCCAUGUUUGCUGAUCUUGGACACUUUUCACAGAUGUCUAUCAAGAUAGCAUUUACCUUUGUGGUUUAUCCAUCCUUAAUUCUUGCUUACAUGGGACAAGCUGCUUAUCUUUCCAAACAUCACAUAAUUGAAAGUGGUUAUCAUAUCGGUUUCUACGAAUCAGUACCAGAAAAAAUACGAUGGCCGGUUCUUGCAAUUGCAAUACUUGCCGCGGUGGUUGGGAGCCAAGCCAUUAUCACUGGAACGUUCUCCAUUAUCAAGCAAUGCUCUGCAUUGGGUUGCUUCCCGAGAGUUAGAAUAAUACACACAUCUUCUAAAAUUUGUGGCCAGAUUUACAUUCCCGAAAUCAACUGGACCUUAAUGUUGCUCUGCCUGGCCGUUACCGUAGGUUUUAGAGACACAAAACAUAUUAGCAAUGCAUCAGGUCUCGCUGUCAUAACUGUUAUGCUGGUUACGACAUGCCUAAUGUCUCUAGUCAUUGUGCUAUGUUGGCAUAGAAGCGUCUUUCUAGCUGUUUGCUUUAUAUUAUUCUUCGGUUCCAUUGAAGCACUAUACUUCUCUGCCUCUCUUAUCAAGUUCCUCGAUGGCGCUUGGGUCCCAGUUGCUCUCUCAUUUAUCUUUCUAAUUAUAAUGUACGUCUGGCAUUAUGGAACAUUGAAAAAGUAUGAGUUUGAUGUUCAGAACAAAGUUCCCAUAAACUGGCUCCUGAGUUUGGGUCCGAAUCUUGGGAUUGUGCGGGUUCGAGGCAUUGGUCUCAUACAUACAGAACUUGUGUCUGGGGUUCCUGCUAUUUUCUCUCAUUUCCUCACCAAUCUACCGGCGUUCCACCAGGUUCUAGUUUUCCUCUGUGUCAAAUAUGUUCCUGUGCCUCACGUGAGACCUGAAGAGAGAUUCCUCGUGGGAAGAAUCGGCCCAAAAGACUACCGAGUUUAUCGAUGCAUAGCACGUUAUGGAUACCGUGAUAUUCAGAUGGAUGAUGUGAUGUUCGAAAAUGAUCUUGUUUGUAGCAUAGCAGAAUUUAUUCGGUCAGAGGGCUCUGAAUGUGAUGGUAGGCUAGAAGAUAUUGAGAACGAAGAAAGAAUGACAGUAAUUGGUACAACAUCAACAUACUCAAAAGGAAUAAGGAUGUGCGAAGAUUUAUCCGAAGAAGCAACAAGCUCUAUGAAGUCAACGGAAAUUAGUUCACCGGAGGUGCCAAGGAAGAGAGUGAGAUUUCUUGUUCCCGAGAGUCCGCAAAUCCAUGCGACUGCACGGAUGGAGUUGCAGGAAUUGAUGGAAGCGAGGGAGGCGGGAAUGGCGUUUAUUCUCGGCCACUGUUACGUGAAGGCAAAGAUGGGUUCAAGUUUGAUUAAGAGAUUAGUGAUUAAUACAUGUUAUGAUUUCUUAAGAAGGAACUCAAGAGGACCAGCAUCAGCAUAUGCACUAUGUUUCCCUCGUGCAUCAACGUUAGAAGUGGGAAUGGUGUACCAUGUAUAA